AAUUCUGUGCAAUUUGGUGCAGGUGGGCUUGCUUUUGCUUGAAUCUCUCCUUCUUCUUGGUUACUUUGCUUUGUUUCACCCGGGGAAUCAAGCUGUUCUUAGAUGGGGAAAAGGUCCCACCAUUCUUCACAAGGUCUGUGAUCUACCCUUCGUGUUUUUUAGUGACCCUGAACUGAUGCCUGUCUUGGCUGGCACUCUAGUUGCUGCCUGUUACGGGUGUGAGCAGAAUAAGGGUCUGGUUGAGCAAGAACUUAGUUUGGAAAUGCUACUCUCCUUGCUAAAAUCAUGCAAAAAUGUUUUGCCAGCAGUAAGAUCAAAUCUCACAUUAGAAGAUUUGCUGGGGGAAAGUUCAGGUGAAUGCAAUCAGCAUGGUUCUGAAAUUAAGAAAUCACAGAGUGAAACUCCCCUAAGAUCUAGCCGUUUCAAUUCGAGAGCCAUGCGGGUUCCUGUUGGAAAGGUUACUGCCUCUGGUAACAGCUUCAGAGUUAGCAGGUUACGGAACCAAAGAGAGAGCAAAGCGACAAAAGCUACUGAAGAAAUGACAAUGAAGCAUGGUUUGCCAGCUUCAGUAAUGUUGCAUUGUAGAUUUCCUAGGAGAUUCAUUGACCAGGCAGAGCAGUUCUUUUCUACAGGGAUCUGAUAUCAAUCAAGUGUGAAUUAAUCACUGCAAGAACCGUUUCUAGUUUUGCAGAACUCAUAAUCCGGCUUCAUAACAUUGACUUUGAUACGCAUGAGUGCCUUGUCGGCCGGGGAAGCUGAAACUUUGAAGGAGGUUUUUGGACUGAUUUUAUAGAGAGGGUUGUUUAUGUUUGGAAAUAUUGAGUUCCACCGGUUGAAACUCUUUCAAUGCUCUCAUUGCGUCCAGAACAUGAAAAUAAUACAUGUAAUAGCAUAAUGGUAGCUAUUAUUUCCUUAUGGGUUUUCUUGCAUGGGUAAGGUUGCUAGAUGCUAAAUGUGGACAAAGUUAGUUAACCAAAAUAUAUAUUUAAGUUUAUAUGAUAUACAUUCUUUGA